UCAGUAAAUAGAUAGGUGUGUAUAUAAGAGUGUCGAGCAACAUCCUUCCUUCAUUUGGGGCUAAGAGGACCGAUAUACCAUGGCGCAGUUGUUCAUCUUCGCUGUGCUCGCGCUGGCCGCUUCUGUCAGGGGCCAGCAGUGUGUUUUUCCUUUCACUUAUGGCAGCACCACUUACUAUUCCUGUACAACCGCCGCCUCUACUGGAUUCUGGUGUUCGUUCGACGCCGUGUACUCAGGCAACUGGAAGUACUGUGAUGAGCAGGAGUGUGCGUUCCCGUUCAUCUAUGACGGUCAGACGUUCACGACGUGCGCUGCCGGCGGUGCGCUGUCCUCCCCUUGGUGCUCCUUGGAUACCGUGUACCAGGGAAACUACGUCUCCUGCAGCGACGAUGUCGUGAUUGUGAAUCCUCUCGACGACAAACCAGAAGCGUGCCACUUCCCGUUUGAGUACCAGGGCCAGACGUACACCACCUGCACCCUGGAGAACUCCAGCGAGCUCUGGUGUUCUCUGGACGCCGUGUAUGACGGCAACUACAAGUACUGCGGAGAAGAGGACUGUGUGUUUCCGUUCUCCUACAACGGGGAGUCGUAUGACGAGUGUGUGGAUCAAGACAACAACGGCGGCUGGUGUUCCCUGGACCAUGUGUACCAAGGGAACUAUGUGUCUUGUGCCGUCAAGCCAUGUGGCGAGACCAUCAACAAAGACCACGGUGUGCUCACCUCCCCUAACUACCCCAACAACUAUGACCACGACAUGGACUGUUCCUGGACAAUCCCGGCUAGAGGGGGCACAGUCUCCCUCCAGUUCCAGGACUUCGUCCUAGAGGGAGGGGCAGCGACAUUCGGCUCGUGCACGUUUGACUACGUCGAAGUAUUUGCCGGGGACAGAAAUCUUGGAUCCUGGUGUGGUAGCUACGGCCCCACCAACAUCACGUCCAACCAGGACGUCACCAUCCACAUGUUCACGGACGGCAGCAUUGCGGACAGGGGGUUCAAGCUGAAGUACAAGGUGGAGGGGGGUACCCCCUUCGGUCCCGGGCUGGAGGAGUGUGGGGGAAUGCUGCACGGGCAACAUGGAGAGGUGGUAUCUCCUGGGUUCCCUGUUGCUUACCAUGAUAAUAUCGACUGUACCUGGUACUUGGGCGCGAAACCUUCCGGCAUGGUCCUGGAGUUCCCGGAUUUCGACCUGGAGAAGCCCGGGGAAUACCAGGGAUGCACGUACGACUUCGUCGAAAUAUACAACGGCCUCAACCGUGUUGGACGUUUCUGUGGCAGCUCGCCCCCUCCAAUGGACACGUACUACGAGAAGGUGAGCAUCAGAUUCAAGACUGACCAGCACACCGUGGCUCGCGGGUUCCGCUUCAACUGGACAUACCUCCACUCGGCGACCACUCCGGCCCCGCCCAUGGUGCCCACAACUGAUUCACCAGACGGUAGUGGCGAGGGGAGCGGUGCAUUGGACGACGUCUUUGACAGGUUUAUCUUGUAAGACGCCCUACCUGGAUCAGAAGUCCUACCUGCAGAAACCAACGUUGUGGUCUGCUUUUGAGCCUUAAUAAACUGCCAUCCAAAUAUA